CGUACGGCCAUGUGUCGCACAUCUGUGUAGCACGGGGAUAAACACGUUGUGGAGCUCUCAUUGCGACUGAAGUCUACGUAUUAUUCUUCGCUGUGUUGUCAACUACAGCAUGAAAAAGAGGAAAUGGUUUAUUGACAAGCUAUUUGUCUUGAAGAACGUACCUAGCAAAUAAUAACUUCCUUCUGUGGCUCAUCAACGAUUAUCGCUUUUUAUUUGUAAAGGCAACAGGAGCUGACAGAGCAGAUUCAUCGUCAUUGGAAGUUGUUUUUUUUUCCGAGCAUUCUUCGUCAAUUUUUCUGGAUUAAAUUCUGUACACAGGACUUGUGUUAAAGUAUACAUAAAACCGAACACACGUUUCUAAGUACAAACUAAGGCUCGUUCCUAUCAAAAGAAGAAGAAAAACCAAAAGUCAUUAAAACCUCCUUCGCUAGCUUCUGAUUUCGAACAUCAAGCCAAGGAGGUCGUAACAGUGGCAAGGUUUUCUCGUCUUUGAAAGGACCAAUAUCCAGAAACUUACACGUCUUGGACCUAAGUUACCUAAAUUUUUUCACUGCAGCAGAAUUCGUUGAAUUUUUCUCUCCUUUAAUUCUCUUCGGACACUGACCACUGCCCAGUGAGACAUUUCAUUCUUAUUUUAUCAAAGAGCGAAACAAAAAAUUCUUCAUCCGUUGUUGACUGCUGAUUCACCAUUGUAUCAUGUGGUUCGACUCCUUUCGCCCAUUUGCCCCCGGAGUGAAGAAAUUCGCCCUUUGCCUGCUGUGCCUUCAGACCGUGGCCGUCACCCUGAUGGUGAACCCGACGGUGGCGUUCGCUCUCGUGGUCGCAUUCGCUGCCAUCUUGAUCAAGGUUUACAAGGUCUGGUUGACAUUUAUUACUUGUUGAUUGCUACUACGAAGUAGCCAUUACUUUUAAGGACUGAUGACAAUUUGAUUUAUGUAUCAAGCUCAAGCAAAGUUCACAAACGCAACAAAACGUCUGGCCAUUGUAUGUUUUUUUUUAAAAAAAGUGAAGAAAGAGAUACCUAGAGUGCCGUGGGGGAUUCAUCAAAUAAUAUCAUAGGGGAAACAGCACUGAAAUUAUUUUUUGUGCGUGGUUUGGUUGGGGGAGAGGGGGGGCGACUCAGUGUAAUGAAAAAAAACAAACUGACAAGAUAGCUCAAUGUUGCAACAGAUGGCUGUGUGUGUGGGAUGAUAUUGAUUUACACUUUAGGUGUGUGGCGUCCUUGACUUUGACUGUUUCAUUCAUCAAACCAAGGAUUAUUCAAUCCCUACGUUGAACACUGUCAUCAAAACACAGGUGAAUGGCCAGAGAGCGUGACGACCCAAACAUUCACUUUCUAAUAAUGAUUGACGAGAGGUCAACGGUUUCUCUAUAACAGUGGUUCUCAACCUUCCUAAUGCCGCGACCCUUUAAUACAGUUCCUCGUGUGGUGGUGGAACCCCCCACCCCUAAAAAUAAUAACAUUAUUUUCGUUGCUACUUCAUAAAUAUGUGUUUUCCGGUUGUCUCAGGCGACCCUUAUGUAAGGGCCGUUCGACCCACGAAAGGGUCACGACCCACAGGUUGAGAUUCGCUGCUUUUAUAGGAAAGGGGGGUACAAUAUGUGAGACUUUACUUACCUAGGAGUUGGUGGGCUACAAUAUGGUGGAUUGUACGGUCGAGAUGUUUUUAUUAGUCGGGUACAAUCAAAGUGUAAUCAUAUUACGAUAAGCACCCUCUUAACAAUUUAACAGGCCCUUAAAAAUACAUCCGUUUAACGUCAUAAAAGAAAUUGUUGAACCUUGCACUGUAUGAAAUAAUUUGUUAAACCUUGCACUGUAUCAAAGAGCUUGUUAAACCUUGCACGGUAUCAAAUAAUUUUUUAAACUUUACUCUGUAUCAAAGAACUUUUUAAACCUUGCACUCUCAAAGAAUUUGUUAAACCUUGUACUGUAUCAAAUAAUUUGUUAAGCCCUUGCACUGUAUCAAAGAGUUUGUUAAACCUUGCACUGUAUCAAAUAAUUUGUUAAAUCUUGCACUGCGUCAAAGAAUUUGUUCAACUUUGCACUGUAUCAAAUAAUUUGUUAAGCCCUUGCACUGUAUCAAAGAGUUUGUUCAACCUUGCACUGUAUCAAAGAAUUUGUUCAACUGUAUCAAAGAAUUUGUUCAACCUUGCACUGUAUCAAAUAAUUUGUUCAACCUUGCACUGUAUCAAAGAAUUUGUUCAACCUUGCACUGUAUCAAAGAAUUUUUUCAACCUUGCACUGCAUCAAAGAAUUCGUUCAACCUUGCACUGUACUUUGUCUUUACCAGAUUGACCCUGAGCCCAUUCUGCUGCUCCUGAUGCACGUCAUCGUGAGCGUCUCCAUGCUGUACGACCCCACUACAACUUUCGCCCUGGUCAUCGUAGCGGCGUCCGCCAUCGCCACCUUCGGGGACUACGACCUGCCCACAGAGCGGGUGGUGGUCUUCGUGCUGUCUGUCACGGUGCCGGCAGUGUUUGGGUAGGUCAAGGUCGAGGCAGAGAGCAAGUGUGAAAGUCUGCAGGAUUCGGUCGAGUUUUAGGGAAGUGUGUGCGCUGUUUGUGUGUGUGUGUGUGGAGGGGGAGGGGGAACCCAAGGGGGGGGACCCAUUCAUUUUUUGGGGGAUUAUUUACAGUAACCUCAACAUUUUAAGGGUUAUCAUCUUAAACAUGUGAGGCUAUUACUGCAAAUAUAUAUUUAAGAGUACCUAUUUGUAUUGUGUCAAUAAUGAUUUGUGAAAAUAUAGAAAUUGUACAAAGCUUAAGUCUUGGAAAAUAUUUCAAAUAAUUACUCCAUCUUAAAAUAUCAAUUUAGGGAAGCCAUAUGCGGGAGAUGAAACCAUGAAUAGUUGGUAAUUUUGUAUUGUUUAUUAGUGAAUAAAUAGUAAUGUUUGAUUGUUUAUAAGUGAAAAAUUGGUUACUUUGUAUUGUUUAAAUGUGAAUAAUUGGUAACUCUGUAUUGUUUCUAGAUGAACAGUUGGUAACUUUAUACUGUUUAAAUUUAUCACAGUAAGGCAACUGCAUGUGUGGCGAGCUCUCUCAUUGGCCUGUCCAUUGUGCUUUUGAAACUGCGCCCUCUACAACCCGAGACGCUCUCCCUUCUCGGCCUUGGCUCCCUGGCCUUAACCCUUCUCGUCAACAGGGCUGUCGGCACAAUCCUCGUUUUCCUCUUCAUUGCUCUUGUUACCUGCCUUUUCGUCUUAAACAAGGUAUGCAAAAAAAUUCUCGCGCAAACUCGAGUGACAUAAAUAUUACUCACCGAACUAUAUCAUAAAUUUUACAAGUAACGCGUAAUUCAUGAAAUUAAAUAGUUGUUUUAAUUUGUACUGAAUAUCUAGUGAUGAAUCUAGAUUUUUUUCCUUUAAACAUAAAGAUGCAAGCACAAAACCUUUCUAAUUGUCACGAGUAGUCUAAAAAGCUAUGACAAAGAAAAGACAAACAUGCUUUUCAGAAGGGCAAUAUUUUUUUAUAUGACAAGAUAGACACGAUUCUUUCCUAGUUUCAAAUAACGCAACUAUUUAUUAUUUGCAUUUUGCAGAUUAAAUUUGAGCAAAUAGAUAAAUAUUAUUCAAAGACAAACAUGUUUAAACAAAUAAAGUAUUGAUAUUCACUGUGUAAAAAAAUAUAUAUUCUGUAAAAAAAAUUUGUGUCUGCUUCUCCUAUUUCUUCAUUUUCUCUAGUACCGGUAUUUACUUUAAGGUGUCUAUGUUCUAUGUUCUAUGUUCUAUUUUCAGGUGAAGAAAAAUCCGGAGAUUCUCCAAGAAAACACCGCGCCACCCCCACGAAACAUUUCUGUGCAUCCCAAUGGAUACCUGCCUAUGAGCAAGUAAGCACAUGAGAGAAAGAGAGAGAUAGAAAGAAAGAGCGAGAGAGAGAGAGAGAGAGAGAGAGAGAGACUGAGAAAGAAAGAGAGGACAUCUGGUGAUAUCUUCAGAGCAACCUUCAGCACAGAGAAACUUUAUCAAUUGAAAUUAUACGACGACCUGCUAAACAAUGUUUUUUUUUUUUAAAUUUUAACUUUACAUUUCUUGAUUAUUGUUAUACACAUAGCAGUAACCCAGUCUGUGUUGAGUAGCUCACAAUUGCUUUGAAAACUUCUGUACCAUUAAAGCUGACGUGUCAUCAACAUCUGAAUUUAUCCUUAUCUUUAAUGUUUAACAUUUUUUCAUGUUGAUUUAUUUUCCUUUUACACACAUGCACAUACACAUACACACACAUGCGCUAACUUAGAUAUUUUAAAUGUUAACUUUGACUUUUCCAAAAGGUUAACAAAUUAUGGUUAAGAGCCGCCCGUGUAAUUACUAGGUAUACAAAAAAAAAUCACUAAUCAUGCAUAUUUUGUCAUAUCCUGUUGCAGCAUAAGAAAUGCAACGCGAAACGAAAACUGAUAUGUUUUUGGUAAUCAUGUCAACAGAGAUUAGUUUUUAUUUCAACAAAGCUACGUACCGUUUAUUCGCUUACAUGAAAAGCUUCAUUUGUAUUUUAUUAUGUGUUUUUUUUAAAGUUUUAUAUCUUACUGUAUGAAAUAUCAAUUAUGUGUAUAAACCUAUUUUGUACAAUAUAAAUCAAGAACUAGGUCAUUUGUUCCAGGUAAAGCCCCUUUGGCAAAUAAAAAAACAAUAAAAAAAAAAUUAAAAAAAAGCAAAGCGCUUUGAAAUUUUGCGAAAUAAUUAAUUAUUUCUUUAAAAAAUUAACGGGAAAACCCAGUUGUUAUUAAUGUUUGUGACAACUUUGAGAAGGUUAAACAUCAGGCUGCCGAUGGUAUCAGGCUUUCGAUGGUAUAAGGCAGUCGAUGGUGUCAGGAAGUCGAUGGUAUCAGGAAGUCGAUGGUAUCAGGCAGACGAUGGUAUCAGGCAGUCGAUGGUAUCAGGCUUUCGAUGGUAUAAGGCAGUCGAUGGAAUCAGGCAGUCGAUGGUUUCAGUAAGUGGAUGGUAUCAGGCAGUCGAUGGUAUCAGACAGUCGAUGGUAUCAGGAAGUCGAUGGUAUCAGGCUUUCGAUGGUAUAAGGCAGUCGAUGGUAUGAGGCAGUCGAUGGUAUCAGGCAGUCGAUGGUUUCAGGAAGUGGAUGGUAUCAGGCAGUCGAUGGUAACAGGCAUUCGAUGGUAUCAGGCAGUUGAUGGUAUCAGGAAGUCGAUGGUAUCAGGAAGUCGAUGGUAUCCCGGCAGUCGAUGGUAUCAGGCAGUCGAUGGUUUCAGGAAUUCGAUGGUAUCAGGCUGUUGAUAGUUUCAGGAAGUGGGUGGUAUCAUGCAGUCGAUGGUAACAAGCAGUCGAUGGUAUCAGGCAGUCGAUGGUAUCAGGAAAUUGAUGAUAUCAGGCAGUCGAUGGUAUCAGGCAGUCGAUGGUUUCAGGAAUUCGAUUUUUUCAGGCUGUUGAUGGUUUCAGGCAGUCGAUGGUAUCAGGAAGUCGAUGGUAUCAGGAAGUCGAUGGUAUCAGGAAGUCGGUGGUAUCAGGAAGUCGAUGGUAUCAGGAAGUCGAUGGUAUCAGGAAGUCGAUGGUAUCAGGAAGUCGAUGGUAUCAGGAAGUCGAUGGUAUCAGGAAGUCGAUGGUAUCAGGAAGUCGAUGGUAUCAGGAAGUCGAUGGUAUCAGGAAGUCGAUGGUUUCAGGAAGUCGAUGGUUUCAGGAAGUCGAUGGUUUCAGGAAGUCGAUGGUUUCAGGAAGUCGAUGGUUUCAGGAAGUCAAUGGUUUCAGGAAGUCAAUGGUUUCAGGAAGUCAAUGGUUUCAGGAAGUCAAUGGUUUCAGGAAGUCAAUGGUUUCAGGAAGUCAAUGGUUUCAGGCUGAUGCUACAGAAAUUUGCAAGUGUUUUUAUUUUUAUUUUAGCAUUAAUUGGUUAAGAAUCUGGGGAGUGUCGUAAUUUGUUUAACGUUUGUCGAGACUAGUCUCCUACCCACCCACCCACCCCCGUCCCCCCCCUUCCCCGCCGCUUUUGACCGAAACGAAAAAUUUCGAAAUUUUAAUCCUCACUAAUAACGUUAUAAUGUAAACCCUUCAACUUUUAUGGUAAUAUUGUGUACGCUAUUCAUGAAGAAUGAAUUCCACUUAAACUAAGAGACCCCUAAAUCAUUAGUCACUGACCUUCAACUAAAAGAUGAUUAGAAAACUAAGCACCAAGGAAUACAGCCAUACAUCUAUAUGUAUUAAAUGGAUCACACAAUAUAAAAGGAGUCGGAGAGUAUUGCCGAUGACGUUUCCGGCUGGAGAGCAGCAGUGAGUUUGGUGACUGCAACAGGCGGUGAAUCCGCGAAACAAAGCCUUUUUUGUGCAAAAAGAAAAAAAAAAUAUAGAGGACCACAGUCAACCACCCUUCAAGCUUGUGUUGCAAGAAUUGCAAACGAGACUGCCACACCAGGGUCGGCCCCCAUAAGUAACUCAGGAAGCUGCAAAUAAUGCAGAAGCUACAGCAUCAUCUCAUGACGACUAAAGGACAACCGCGCCAUCUAUAAUAUAUUUAACUUUAGGAGCUACUUUAAGGCAUCUGGGUACAAAGAAGUUAAUUUGCUAAAUACCUUGUGGAUGAUUGAUGAAUAUAGCCUUCGAGUUCAAAUAAUGUUUAUUGACUAUAAUUAUAAUAUAUUCGAUAUCUGUAUAUGCCUCGAAUGCUACCAUUCGUGUAUAUACUACACACGUCUUGAUAUAUAUAUAUAUAUAUAUAUUUAUUUAUUUAUAUAUAUAUAUAUCAAUGCUUAGAAUGUCAUAAUUUCUGUAUAUAUGAAAAACGGAUUGAUCUCUGUAUAUACUAUAUGAACGUUUUAAAUCUAUCAAUAUCUCAAACCUAAAUGGAGUGAGUCACGUGAGACAGGUGGCAAGGGGCUUGUGGGUUGUUUUUUUUCAACAAGGUGAAAAUCGAUGUAAUCGAAAUGGUGUAGAAAAAAAUGGCGAUAAUUCUGUCGCAAUAACUAGAUGUUUGGGGGGGGGGGAAGGGGGGAAUGACUUAAUGGAUUGUGUCGACAUGCACACAUGAAAAGGCAGCCAAGGCCUUAAAACAAAUGAUAGCAACAGCUUUGAAACAUAUGAUAGAGUCGCUGCAUGAAAACAUAUGACAGAGUCACAGCCUUAACACAGUCCAGGGCUUAAAGACAGUCCACGGCUUCAACACAGUCCCCGGCUUGAACACAGUCCGCGGCUUUAGCACAGUCCACGGCAACAACACACAAGGCGGCAAUGGCUUAAAUACGAACUAUAAUCACGACAUCCAAACAUAUUACGGUCAUGGCUUUAGCACAGUCCACUCAGAGCGUAUUGAAGUGAUAAUUUAAUCCAUGAACAGAUUAAAAAAAUAUGAUACACAUUUCAUUGCUUAAGAACGUAAAUAAUCUGAUAUGUUGAAUGUUAAAAAAAAGAAAAAAAGAAGAACGCGGUAAAUUAUAAAAUUAUAAAAUUAUAAAAUUAUAAAAUUAUAAAAUUAUAAAAUUAUAAAAUUAUAAAAUUAUAAAAUUAUAAAAUUAUAAAAUUAUAAAAUUAUAAAAUUAUAAAAUUAUAAAAUUAUAAAAUUAUAAAAUUAUAAAAUUAUAAAAUUAUAAAAUUAUAAAAUUAUAAAAUUAUAAAAUUAUAAAAUUAUAAAAUUAUAAAAUAACGAUAUGAUAAUAUCGUAUUUGUUUGGCGGUGGUGUAAUAAAUCUGAAGUCUCUCAGUCAAAUUCUGUGUUUUGUUUUUCGGCGGUGCAAUAUAUAUGAAGUGCCUCGGUCAAAUCCUGUAUUUGUUUGGCGGUGUUGCCAUAUACUUGAAGUACCUCAGUCAAAUCCAUGGCUGAUGCCUUCUUCACCACUCUUUCAUAAUACCAUACUCUUAUAUCCUGCGAUAUCCUUCCCCACCCCACCUACCCCACAAAAUAUAUUUCUGUGAUGAUAAAAUUUCCGGUGCCCACGUAAUGUCAGUACGUAAAUUUCAAAAGACUUUCCCUUUUUCCAGUCCUACAGAGAGCCUUGACCUUCACGGCCACACUGUGACUGGGGCGAUGAAGGUGCUGCAUUCGUUUCUACAGGAGCACGAGGAAGGUGAGAUGUGAUUGGUUAGCAUGAGGAACGUGAGAUGUGAUUGGUUGGCUCGAUGAAGGUGAGAUGUGGUUUGUUGGCUUGAGGAAGGUGAGAUGUGAUUGGUUGGCCCGAGGAAGGUGAGAUGUCAUUGGUCGUCUCGAGGAGGUUGAGAUUUGAUUGGUUGGCUCGAGGAAGGUGAGAUGUGAAUAGUUGGCCUGAGGAAUGUGAGAUGUGAUUGGUUGGCCCGAGAAAGGUGAGUUGUGAUUGGUUCGCUUGUAUGGGUAAAAGCCAGACGUGAAGAAGUCUGAGUAAUUUCAUUAGGUGUCUAUGAUAUGCUGAUAUGUUAAUAUUAUGUUGGGUGACGGAUCUUGGGAAAAAGGAUGUUUGGGGGGGGGGGUGUUACAUAAUAGAGAAUUCGCAUUUUUGCAUUUGAAAACUAAGCAUCCACCAAAAAUGUUAAGUGUGCAGAUAAAAACCAUUUUUAACACUUUAAUACAUAAAAAAUAGAAAGAUAUAACUUAGACGGCUUGAAUUUUAGAAAACAAUGUAAUUGGCCAUGUUAACCUAUUGGUGUAUUUUAAUAAAUUCUUACUAGAGAGUUUUGUUGUCACCAUAAGUGUUCUGAAAUGCUAACUCAUGUUAAACAUAGUUAAUUAGGUACUGAAAACGUUUCGCUACAAAGAUUUGAAAUGUUUAGUAUAUUCUAAUGUAAAUAAUCCCUUAUUAAAAGCUUGUUCCAUAAUUUCGCUUAAUGGAAGAUGUCACGUGAUCCAAAAAUUAUUAUUAUUAUUUUUUUAAAUUUCAUUGAAAGAAAUAUUUUAAAGUAACGCAUUGAACCCGCACUGUGACCUUUGACCUUUACGUCCCUAACUGUAGCAUACCGCCAGAAUAGGUCUAGACAUAUUCGUCACGUGACCAUCAUAACGGGAGAUGGAGAUCAUUUGGAUGGUGGGAACCUCAUCAAACCGACAGUGGUCAACUUUCUUAAGAUCAACAAAUACAAGUAAGUGGAUCAGGGCUAAACUUUCUUAAGGUAAAAAAAAAUACAAGUAAGUGGGUCAGUGGUUAAUUCUCUUAAGAUAAAAAAAUACAAGUAAGUAGGUCAGUGGUCAAUACAAGUAAGUAGGUCAGUGGUCAAUACAAGUAAGUACGUCAGUGGUCAAUACAAGUAAGUAGGUCCUCUCAAUUCAACACGACUUCGACAUCAUAUUUCCCAUUUUAACACCGAAUUACGAACUUUGAGAUCGCAUGACAUCCUCUGACAUCACAUCACCGACUUUCACAUCACAUGAACUACUCUGACAUCACGGGGUUCCAAAUCCCUUCUGGAGAGUAGAAUAUCAUUGUAUGCCAUACACAGAAACAUUAAUAAUCUGUAUAAUUAAAUAAUUCCAUGAAAUUAUGAACUAUUUUUUUUUCUAACUUUAACCCCCCCCCCCCUCGGGGUUCCAAAUACCUUCUGGAGAGUAGAAUAUCAUUGUAUGCCAUACACAGAAACAUUAAUAAUCUGUAUAAUUAAAUAAUUCCAUGAAAUUAUGAACUAUUUUUUUUUCUAACUUUAACCCCCCCCCCCCCAACCACAUUUUUAUUAUUUUCCUCAGGUAUGACGUGUCUAAAGAAGUGCAAGGGCUGGUCAAAGUUGACCUUGACUCUCAUUCCUUCUGAUCGGCAAACAGUGACUUUAAAACCCUAAUGUGUUUGAACUUUCACCCCAAUGCUCGUGAUCUAUAUUAAGAUAUAAAUUAAACUUAACACUUUCCCCGGAAGUAAAGAUGGAUUAAAAACACACCAAAAAAAAAGCCAAAUUCCAAGACACGACUACUUACCGAGAGCAACUCGUAACUUAUCGAUUUAUCAUCAAGGAUGUCAUCGGUUAAAUAGGUCAAUCCAAAGCUGUGUAAAUUUCGAUUUUCAAAAAAAAAAAAAAUUAUUCUGGCUUUAUGAAAAGAAAACUAAAUUUAAAAAAACACUAAAAUCGUAUAUGAAUCUGAUAUUUUGUAACUUACCGUAAUGAGUUAAAUUAAUGAAACACACAACAGCAGUAAUGGCAAUGUCACGUUAAAAUUAUAAAUAUCUUAGCGGGUUAUCAUGUCAAGUCCAGCGUGAAAUUCUUUUCGAAAGAACCAGAGUCAACUGUAAAUCAAUUUAAUAAUCGUUUUUCGACAUACAUUUUUUAUAUGCUCUUCUACGUUAAUCAAUGCAAAGUCAUCCAAAAUGUUCAUAUAUUUACAUUCCUUUAAACUUCAUCAAACAUAAUGGGGCAGUGAAGCAUCUCUGGAUUUAGGAAAUGAUGGUAGACCCCUGGCAACCCAUUGGUGCUGUAGGAAAUGAUGGUACACCUCAGAUACUGUAGGAGAAACGGUUAGUUAGACAAACAGAAGCGUACGAAUUAAUUAGCCUCAUUUCGCUACAAGAUAUAUGCCAAUAGUAUAUUGCAACUUCCCCCCGUCAAUAUUAUUUCACAGUCUACAAAGCUGUGACUCCACGUGCCUUGAAAAUAAAAUACGUCAUUCCAUUGCAAGUGAACAAGUGCGAAUGUGAUACCUUUGUACAGCAAAUAUUUAUUAUAACUUACUUUACUAUUGAACUGUUUUGUAAAUAAGAAAUAUUUCUAACCAAUAAUUCUCUGUGUGUGCGUGUCUACGAUAUGGUGAUAGCUUUUAAUAAAAAGUUUAAAACAU